AUGCGUUCCACCACGAUUCUGGGUCUCGCCGGCUUGGCCAGCCUCGCUGCUGCCGCCGAUUGCGACAAGGAUUGGAAGAUCAGCUCCGCCGAUGCUAACCUUGCCUGCGACACCCUCACUGGCAGUAUCACUGUCGAUUCUUCGCUCUCUGGCAGUCUCAACAUCAGCGGCCCUAAGAAGAUCACUGGUGACUUGACGAUCAAGAAUGCUACCAACCUCAUCUCAAUCACCAGCACGUCUAUCGCCCAAAUUGGAGGCAGCUUCACCCUCGAGGAUCUCAACCAAGUUCAGUCCAUCAGAUUCAGCUCCCUGGACUCUAUCAACGAGGUGUCAAUUGUCAAGGCGCCUGCACUUCGGUCCCUUGUUUUCGGUAGCGAUGGUGUCACAAAGGCCAGCACCGUCCGUAUCACUAACACUAAUCUGGACAACCUGAGCAGCUUUAAGCUCUCUACCGUCGACAGCCUCACCAUCAACGACAACCCUCAGAUGGCUCAGUACGACUCUGCCCUCAGCAACAUCACCACCGAGCUCGUCAUCCGAGACAACGGUGAGAACAUGGAGAUUACCAUGAGCAACCUCACCAAGGCCGGUGAGAUUCAGAUCGGUAGUGCCAAGAGUCUGAAAGUCCCCGCUCUCAAGUCCGCCAACUCUGUCAAGUUCGAGGCCAACGACCAGCUGGAGUCUUUCUCCGCUCCCAACCUGACCGAGAUCAAGAACGCCGUUUCCUUCACCAACAACCCCAAGCUCACCAACGUCUCUUUCCCUGUCCUGACCAAGAUCACUGGAGAUCUUAAGAUUGUGAACAACACUGAGAUCAAGAUCCUCGAUGGGUUCCCCGUCCUCGCAUCUGUUGAGACCAUGUUCCUGGGUGGCAGCUUCGAAGAGAUCGAUAUGCCCAAGCUUGAUUCGGUCAACGGCCUUGCCAAUGCCAGCUCAACCACCGAUAUCCAGGAAUUCUGCAAGUUUUUCGACUCGCUGAAGUCCGCCAACAAGAUCAAGGGUAGCGGCAGCAAGUGCACCAGCAACUACAAGAACGCCAACGGUGGAAGCAACAACACCUCUUCUGGUAACAACACAAGCAGCAACGACGACAGCGCCGCCGGAUUCGUCGGUGUCAACGUCGCCGUUCUUGGUCUGGCUCUCGUCGCCGGUGUUGCCCACCUGCUGUAA